UGGCUGUGACAAAAUUGCAUUUCAGAUGAACCAGUUUGAUGCUUCGGGUGUCUCAAGGAAUUUAUAUGCGGCCAACGUAAGUGGUUCGUCUCGAACUCCGGAAGUCGAGGCACUUCCAUACAGAGUCUCUAAUGUCAGAGCAACCACCAAUGCUAUUAUUACUCCUCAAGCGACGAAAAGUGUAGCUAAUGCAUACAUGAAAGUCAUGGAUGAAGUAUGCAAUACAGUUAGAGACACAUUUCUUGACGAGGGAGUUGAAAUUUCAGUUCUACAGGAGCUCAGGAGGCUAUGGGAAAACAAAGUUUACCAAUCCAAAGUACUUGAAUCGCGAUUUGACUCAAGAGCGCAUGGAUCAUAUCAUAUGCCAGUACAGCAUUCGACAUACAAUACUAUGCCUCAAGUCUACCAGAUUUCAAGUGGAGGACCAACAAAUGCUCUACCUGUCAGGGUAUCACAGAACCCCAAUGCACCGCGUACUCAAACUGUGCCGACGGGCUUCAGAAUAAUCAGACCUGUGCAGCCAAACCAACAAGCUACUCAGUAUUCAACCCAGACGCCUUUUACAGGUGGAAGCAAUUUCGCACCUCAAGUGGAUGGUGCGAGGCCAUACAUUGGUGCUCAGUCUUCUUUUGAUCCAUCACAAUACAUAACGCAGUCCAUACCAAAAACAUCAGCAUCAGAUAGUGAACCCACUGCAAGCAAUCUAGUUCAUAAGCAUCCUAGAUUACUGCAGUUGGACGGAGGCAAAGGUCAACAGGCGCAGUCUAGUGAUGACGACAGUGAAGAUGAAUUUGAAGAGACAGAACCGAAAGCCAAAACGCCGCGAGUGGUUCCCACGGACCCAACCGAACAGAAAUCAAAAGGUGGGAAGAAAUCUGGGUCGGACUCGAGGAUCAAAGAGGAGCCGAGUGAUUGCGAAGAUGAUUCGGAUGAUGACUCGGAAGAAGAUGCCAAGGGAGGGGGAAUCAAGGGCGACUUGGAUGAUGAGGAUGAAGAAGUGGAGGAGGAAGAGCCGCUCAACUCCGGGGAUGACGUCACAGAUGACGAGACCAACAUAGGCAGUGUGAGUAGUCAGUCGGCAGAGGGGGGCUCUGGCUUAGUAGCGGGGGGCACCCACUCAACUCGCACUGCAUUCGGAUGUGACGAUGUGGUAGUCUGUCAGUACGAGAAGGUGCGCCGACAGAAGAACAGGUGGCAUUUAGUACUCAAGGAUGGCAUAAUGAAUGUGCAAGGACGCGAUGUUCUAUUCCACCGAGCUGAAGUUGAUUGCGAAUGGUGAUCGAAAACCAUAUCUAUCCUGAUGGUAUCUGAAUCUCACCCACCAUGCAUUGGAGUAGAAUUUUCAUCAUUUGCUUUCGUAGCUCCCAGAUAACCUAUGCAUCUUCGCUGACUCUGUCCUGCAAAACUCCUGCAAGCUUGAAAAAAUAUAUAUUUUAUGGCUGAUUAUGAUGUACCCAUCCUGGAUCCGGAUAUGGAAGUUGGCGCUUCGCUUCUUUGAUGAUUUUUUUGCGUGUUUGAUUAUCAUUGAAUUCAAUUAUGAGAGCUUAAUG